AUGUGCGGACAGGUUUUGAUGUUAAUCACAAUAUAUUCGACGUCAUCACAACCACCACCUGAAGCAGUAGCAUUUAAACGUAUGGUAGAGAUGUGGACCAAACCACCAUAUGCUCGCAUAAUGGAACAGCCCCGUGAGAACUAUCUAACAACGUGCUCUACAGAGUUAAUGAAAUGUUACGACAUUAUCCCACUAAAAACACCCGUAUGUGCCGCGGCGGCAUCGAAUUUAGUUACAAAGGGCACCAACAAGAAAAUGUUUCUUACCAUCUGCGAUAUGCAUUACACCAAUUGUAAAGAAAACAGACGUUUAUGGAGUUAUCUUAAGGAUGACGACGGCGAUUGU